AUGGCCGAGUCCUUACCCAUUCCCGAGCCCCCGGGUCUCCCAUUCAUUGGAAACAUCGGCGAGAUGCGCACCAGCCCCAUCAACGACCUGAAGCGUCUCGCAGACACAUAUGGCGAAAUCUACCGCAUGCGCCUGGGAGCCGGUCCCUUUUGCGUCAUUAGCACACGGGAGCUUGUAAAUGACGCCUGCGACGAGCGCCGUUUCAAGAAGACUGUUGCUGGUACUCUUGGCAAAGUUCGCGCCGCCGUCCAUGACGGUCUCUUUACCGCCGACUCUGAGACGGAGCCCAACUGGGGCAAAGCCCAUCGCAUUCUCAUCCCUGCCUUCGGUCCCCUCUCUAUCCGCAACAUGUUUGAUGAGAUGCACGACAUUGCCUCGCAAAUGGCCAUGAAAUUUGCCCGCCAUUCCGGUGACCGCAUCAACGCCUCCGACGACUUCACCCGACUCGCCCUCGACACCAUCUCCCUUUGCGCCAUGGACUAUCGCUUCAACUCGUACUACCACGAGGAGCUUCACCCCUUCAUCCGUGCCAUGGGAGAUUUCCUCAAAGCCAGCGGCGCCCGUGGCCGGCGCCCAGCCUUUGCGCCUCAGUUCCUCUACCGUGCGGUGGACGAAAAGUACGAGCGAGAUAUCAAGACCAUGCGCGACGUCGCCGACGAGGUUGUUGCCAAACGCAAGCAGAACCCCACCAACCGCAAGGACCUACUCAGCGCCAUGCUUGACGGCAAGGAUCCUCAAGACGGCCAGAAACUUACUGAUGCCAGCAUUACCGACCAACUAAUUACCUUCCUCAUUGCUGGUCAUGAGACCACUUCGGGAAUGCUCUCCUUCGCCUUCUAUCAGCUUCUCAAAAAUCCUACUGAAUAUCGCAAGGUGCAAGAAGAAGUCGACGCAGUUGUGGGAAGAGACCGCAUCACUAUUGAUCACAUUUCUAAGCUUACCUACAUCCAAGCUGUCCUCCGUGAGGUGCUGCGUCUCAAUGCUCCUAUUCCGGCCAUUGGUGUCGAAGCAAAGGAGGACACUCUACUCGGUGGCAAAUACUUAAUUCCCAAGGGAAAUCGCCUUACUCUGCUCAUCGCCAAAUCUCAUCUCGACCCCAGUGUCUACGGUGAUGAUGCUGAUCAAUUCAAGCCUGAGCGCAUGCUUGACGAUAACUUUUCUCGUCUUAACAAGGAUUUCCCUAACGCCUGGAAGCCCUUUGGGAAUGGAAAACGCGCCUGUAUUGGCAGACCCUUUGCUUGGCAAGAGGCGGUUCUCGCCAUGGCCAUGUUGUUCCAGAAUUUCAACUUUACCCUGGACGAUCCCAAUUACACCUUGGAGAUCCAAGAAACCCUCACACUCAAACCACACAACUUCUUCAUGAAGGCGACGCUUCGUCAUGGCAUGAAUGCUACUGAGCUCGAGGACCAACUUAAGAGUGGCGCGCCUCACUCCAAGUCAGCCAAGGCAGCUGAAUCGUCAGCUGGUGCCUCCGCUGUGGAUGGCAAGCCAAUCUCGGUCUUCUAUGGCUCCAACAGCGGUACAUGUGAGGCCAUGGCGCAGAGAGUCGCUGCUGACGCUGGUGCACAUGGUUUCAGAGUCGCCGAAAUUGGCCCGUUGGACGACGUCAAGGAGAAACUUCCUACUGAUCGCCCUGUGGUCAUCGUUACUGCCUCGUACGAAGGUGAAGCUCCGUCCAAUGCCGCCCACUUCGUCGACUGGCUCCGAAGCCUGAAAGGCGACGAGCUGAAGAAUGUAUCGUACGCUGUCUAUGGCUGUGGCCACCACGACUGGGCUCAAACAUUCCACAGAAUUCCCAAGCUUGUCGACGCUACCAUGGCGGAGCGCGGUGCCGACCGUAUUCUUCCCAUGACGGGUACCGACGCCGCCGAUCGUGAUAUGUUUAGCGAUUUUGAAACCUGGGAGGACGAGAAUCUCUGGCCGGCCUUGACUAAGAAGUAUGGCGCCAAAGAGACUGAGAAUGCCCAAGGCGCUUCUGGCCUUGUCGUCGAAAUUACGCACCCUCGCAAGACAACCCUUCGUCAAGACGUUGAAGAGGCUGCUGUUAUUGAGGCCAGAGUGCUUACUAAGGGGAGCCAAGCUGUCAAGAAGCAUAUUGAAAUCAGGCUCCCAACCGGCAUGUCCUACAAGGCCGGUGAUUACUUGGCCGUGCUGCCAUUCAACCCUGCGGCUACUAUUGGUCGUGUCUUCCGUCGCUUCUCGCUAAGCUGGGAUGCCACUCUCACCAUUACCUCCAACGGGCCAACCACAUUGCCGACUGGCGUUCCGAUUUCCGCUACCAACGUUCUGGGCGCCUAUGUUGAGCUCAGCCAGCCUGCGACCAAGAGAAACCUCCAGGCUAUGAUUGAUUCGACUGAGGACAAAAAUACAUUGACCGAGCUCAACGGCCUUGUUAGAGACAAAUUCUCCCAGGAAGUUACUGCAAAACGACUCUCUGUUCUUGACCUGUUGGAGAGGUUUCCUGCUGUUAAUAUGCUAUUCGAGACUUUCCUUGCCAUGCUUCCUCCUAUGCGCGUUCGCCAGUAUUCCAUCUCGUCAUCCCCUCUUGUCGACCCUACCAGAGUCACACUGACGUAUUCUCUCCUCGACGUGGCAGCUCAUUCUGGCCAGGGUCGGCACGUCGGUGUCGCCAGCCACUACCUGUCAUCCCUCCGAGAGGGCGACAAGAUCCACGUCGCCGUCCGUCCCUCGGCGGCAUUCCACCUUCCUGCAGAUGCGGAAAAUACCCCCAUCAUCUGCAUGGGUGCCGGCACUGGCCUCGCCCCAUUCCGCGGCUUCGCCGAGGAGCGCGCGGCCAUGAUUACCGCCGGUCGCAAGCUUGCCCCCGCCGUGCUAUUUUUUGGCUGCCGCUCACCCGACGACGACGACUUGUACGCCGAACAGUUUGCCACAUGGCAAAAGAUUGGCGCUAUUGACGUGCGCCGCGCCUACUCGCGCGCCACGAACAAGUCGGACGGCUGCAAGUACGUCCAGGACCGCAUCGCCAAGGACCGCGAGGAAAUCUUCGAUCUCUGGGAUCAGGGUGCCCGUCUGUACCUCUGCGGAGGCCGAGCGGUAGGGAAGGGCGUUGAGGAUGUCUGCCUCGAUAUGGUCAAGGAGAGCGGGCAGCGGAGGAAGUCUCAGGCUAUCACGGAUGAGGCGGCGCGUGCUUGGCUCGAGAAGAUGCGAAAUGAGCGCUUCAUGGUUGAUGUUUUUGACUAG